AAUUAUGACACCUGGAAGACCGAUGUAUACAAGGUAUAUCCAGGUGCAUCACAGGAAGACAAAACCUUUACCCACACUGACCUUGAGGAGUUAAUGCGGAAAUUGGCCAUGGUACUGAUGAAUACUCAAGCCCAAUUGGGAGAGUACAUUCAUGCAUUUCAUCAUAUCACCAGGUCAUUUGGUGAAGGAGAACAGUUAUCAGAAAGAGAGAAGAACUGUGCAUUCAUACAAGGAUUCCAUAUCAAAUUUGCGAGUCAAGUUCUCACCAAACUUGCCAUUGAGUUCCCUAAGCAUCACCCAGAAAUUCCAUACCUGAUGUCUGACAUACAAAAUACCACAUCUUGGCUGCUUCAU